AUGUAUAAACAGACAUGCAUGUGUGUGUUUCAGCUGGCCCCAGACGAUGCUUGGCGCUGUCCCCACUGCAAGCAGCUGCAGCAGGGUCGCAUAAAGCUCAGCCUGUGGACGCUGCCGGAUGUGCUUAUCCUGCAUCUCAAGAGGUUCAGACAGGAGGGCGACCGGAGAGUUAAGAUGCAGAACAUGGUGAGAUUCCCCCUAAUGGGGAUGGACAUGGCUCCACAUGUGGUCAAGAGAAGCCAGAGCAGCUGGAGUUUACCCUCCCACUGGUCACCGUGGAGACGCUCCUAUGGUUUGGGAAGAAACCCCGACGACUACCUGUAUGACCUGUACGCUGUGUGCAACCAUCAUGGCAAUAUGCACGGAGGCCACUACACUGCCUACUGCAAAAACUCUGUUGAUGGUCAGUGGUACUGCUUUGAUGACAGCGAAGUGUCCCUGAUACCUGAUGAUGACGUGUGUCAGCAGACAGCCUACAUCCUGUUUUAUCAGAGGAGAACUGCCAUUCCCUCCUGGUCUGCCAACAGCUCUGUUGCUGGAUCCACAAGCUCGUCCCUGUGUGACCACUGGGUAAACCGGCUGCCUGGCAGCAGGCCUGCUAGCUUGGCCUCUGGAGCUUCAUCCAGACGCACCUCACUGGCUUCGUUAGCCGAGUCUGGAGAGUUUCCAGGAGAGCGCAGUGAGGAUGAUGGAGGAUUCUCUGUGCGUCCUUUUGUGAGGAGCAUUCAGCGUCAGAGCUUAUCCUCCAGGUCGUCGAUAGCCAGCCCUUUAGCCUUCAGCGACAGUGGCAUACGGCCCUCCUGGUCUCUCUCAGCCAAGCUUCAGAUGAGGUCAAACUCCCCCUCCCGUUUCUCCCUCGACUCUCGAUGUUCCCCUCCUCUGGAGCGAAUAGGAGAAGCCUGCGAUGACAAAGUGUCCACUUCCUGUUUUGGCAGCUACAGUAGACAUGAGCGUUACUUUGGCAGCAGGACUCCCUCGUCCAUGAUGGAGAGCAACUUCAGUGACCAGGACAACAAUAAACGCUUCUUAGACAUGAUGUACUGCAGGGCUCCCACUCCAGUGGAAAAGAAGAGCACUAAAAACGAGGCAACAGACAACAACAAUGAGAUCACAGCUCUGUGA